AUGGAAGCGUCGCAUCGAGACCAUGGCCCCACGCCGGACGGACGCGUUGUUCGAAUGUCGACGGGCCUGGCUCGACGGCAAUGUACACUAUGGGUUCAUGAUGAGAUGUUCUCACGUGAGGAUCUCCUGCUCAAUCCCUCUGCGUUUGGGGAUUGCGACGUUCAAGUUGGUGAUAUAGUGGAAAUUCUGCCUGUCCGCGGAUCCGGGGAUCCAAUUCAUUCUAGUCUCAAGCCCGAUGCCUCAGUGAAGAUAGCGCGUGAUAGCCUGAUCGACCAGAGCAUGUCCUCAAAACCAGACGGUUCUUCGAAAUUCAAGACUCCGCUUCAAAGCCGGUGUUUAUGCGUUGUCAAGCCAAUGCCAGCUGAAAUCAAGGCUCGUCACCCCAAACUGGAAAUAUCUGUGACCAGCAGCGUGGCCAAUAUCUUCGGUCUGAAAAACCGAACUCAAGUAUAUUUGACUAUUGUGGACCGGAAGAAUUGUGCUGCAUCACAUGUGGAUAUUGCGUUCCGUGAUCAGUACAUGGUCCGUUCAGAUAUGUGGCGGCUUGUUGAGUCAGAGCUCGUCGAUAAAAUCAUCUACAAGGGCCAGAAGAUCAUGUUCAUGGGCAGUAUCAAGGCAACUGUCAAGAACAUCUUCAUUCGAGAGAAAAAGGUGCUUUCAGGCUACUUUGCGCCCAACACGAUCCCUGUCUUCCGGAGCGAGUCGGCCAAAUAUGUCCUUUUCAUUCAGAUGUCCCGUGAGAUGUGGGACUUUGACUCAGAAGGAUCUGGAGAUAUUCUCUUCAGCAGAGUUAUCAAUGGAUUCCUCCCAGAGCUUUUCAAAAGAUGGGCCAACUCAGAUGCAAAGCACUUGGUUACAAUCGUGCUCUUCACCCGUGUCGAGUACGAUGCAUCAGUCCAUCCUGACCUAUCCAAACUCACAAAUCGAAAUUUGAAACCCGACUCAAGCCCAAGCCCAAUGCCAACUCGAGACUUCUAUCGGGUCGUGGUGAACGAUAUGGCGAGCGGUCAUUGGAUGACGAUUUUGGAUGAGCUCAAGAAGAAUUUUCGAACAUUCCUUCGGGAUGUUUCGAUAUUGAAGUCAGAUGACCUGGAGCUUCCUUUCGAUACUGGCACCAGGCCGACGUCCAGAUCACAUACGGCAAUCAUCGCCGGACGUCCAAGCACGGCUAUUCGAGGCAACAUCCUUGAGGCUAUUCAUCUGGCAUCUGCUCAUCUGGCUUAUGAUCAUAUUGAUCGAGACAUGGUGCAUACAGGAACUUCGAUAAUCGUAAUCACUCCUGGAAGCGGUGUUUUUGAAGUCUCUUAUGAAUCUUUAGCAUCCACAACAGAAGCCCUGGCCAAUCGGGGAAUAGCUAUUGACUUGGUCUGCCUAAGCCCCAUGCCCCUUCACUCAGUCCCUCUGUUCAAGUAUCGAGAGCCAUCAGAGCGACCUCCAAGCCCACGUCCAACAAAAGACCAGCCCUACGGAAACGACUUGUCACCCGAGACUCAACAUUCUAUCUCAAGUUUGGCGAGUCGAUCGUCCUAUCUGUCCCCGGGUUCUUAUUUUUCCGCCUCGCGUAUACGAGAGCGAACCAACAAUCGAUCAGAUGGCUGGUGUUAUGGAAUUCCACAUUGGCUUGACAUCUCGUACUGGAACCCUGAGACUUAUCGUGAAGCUCGGCGAGUGUUGAAGAAUGAUCCCAAUGCACCUAUUCCGCUAACUGUGACUCGACCAUCCAAGGCUUUCACGCCACGUGUUCGUAUGUACGAGAUUCAGAUGAUGGGUGUGAUGGAAAGCGAGCAGUCAAAUAUCUCGAUUCCAUAUCUUCUUGAGGGGCGCGAUUUGCGCAGACGCCGCGAGUCUGUGCAGAGCUCUGUUGGCACCGUACGAAGUGUCCCGCGGGCUCGAUUUGCAAACCCGCCCUCUCUCAAGGCUCAGUACAGCGACAGUCUAAGGCCAGAACGGUCCUCCAUUCUUGAAAGUGUUUCUGAUUCUAGCGAGAUUUGCGUGGGCGAACCCCAAAGGACGCGCAAGGCUGUCAUGGCAUGGAUGGAUCAGUACGACGAAAAUGUCUUUUCGGUGUCCCUGAAACAGCGUCGCGUCCAGAAGCCCAGAGGCAAGCGCAUACAUGAGCCCGAGAAUCAGACGAGUGGUGCUCAUGAAAGGAUGUCUGCACGAUCAAUAUUACGCCUUCGGGAACAUGAAUCCCACACGAGUGAGAAGAGCCAAAACGUUCGAGCAAGUGGGCCACGCAGACUUGAUGAAACUCCCGUCUCCGCUCCCAAGAGCCCGGUCUCUGCCAGAAGUGUACCGGUGGCGAAGCCUGCAUUGAAGCCUCCGGCAGCUGCUCGACCACCGUCGCGGAUUUCACGCACGAUCAGCUUUGCUCUGCGUGGAUUGAGCGCCACUGCACCCCGAGCGCAAGCAAGCACAGGCGUCCAUGUUGAACAUGCCAACGCAGGGCCUAUGUCAAAUAAAAGAGGUUCUACUAGUACAUUCUCUGAUACUCGAAGUGUGGCAUCUCUCAGCCCUUCCGAGAGCGCAUCGAUCCGCACAAUAGCUGAUGUUGUGCAGCCGGAGUAUACGCCCCCAAAAUUGCAAUUGGAGUCCCGACCGACUCCAUCUAAGCCGAUAUCGAUCAAGGCGGUUUCGAGGAAAUCAUCUGAAGUUGCUGUUCCGCCUGAUCGUACUCAAACACAGGGCUCGUUGUCAACUUCGGCCGCAGAAACCCAAAUGAAUGAAGAAGUCACCGGAGAAGGUCCAUUCAGAACGAGAGAUCGGAAAGUUGAAAUUACGAUUAAUCAUGGCGGCCGUGAGGGUCCGCCGCGGGCAUCACCGAGCAAAGCUCUUUCUCCGUGGGUUCGGUCCAUCAAUCCCUGCAACACCCCAAAGGACGUGCUGCGAGACACUAGCUGGUUUGGCCGCUGGCAGCAUGCGUACCCUCGCCCCCCACAUGUUGCUGUGGUGAAAUGGAAAAGUUUGAAAUCUCCGGCAGUAUUGCCCUUGACAACUGAGGAGUUUCCCACAGCAGCUGAGCUUGCCUCGGAAUAUCUACAGACACCUUAUCGGGUGGCCCCCAACGAUGAGCCUGAUGCUUUCGAAGCACCUAAGACAAGGGGUACACUUCUGAGGGAGAUGAUUUCUCUUCGAUUAUCUCAUGGUUUCCAGAUUGUUGUUGGCAAAGGUGUCGCUGAGGGAACGGCUCGACCUAUUCUUGAGAGCUUCAAUGUUUUCGACACGCGGGGCCUUGAGAGAGACGGGGCCAUUGUGUUUCUAUCCAAGGGUAAUACAAUUCAUCGUCUGAACUGCAUAGGCGGUGGAGAAAUUGAGGUGACCCGCUUCACACAUCAGACAUCUGCUCCGCUUGUGGCUUCGAAACCCACCAACUCUACCCUUUAUCGAGCUGCUAUGCGAACUAUACUGAGUACAGAGUACGAGAUCAAGGACAUCAAACUGGACUCGACUGCAGAAGACUAUAACUGGAACUACGCCGAUAAUUAUGUUGCGGGCCAUCGCGAUUAUCUGCAGAAUCCAGCACAGCAGCUUCAUUUCUGGCGAGUGCGUUAUGUCUUGAUUCCUCUGCAUCUUCAUGCGAACAACCGACGACAUCUACAAUCUUUCAAUGAGGACAACGAGGAGGAGAUUCACUUGCUAGGAAUCAGCCAGCUGACCCAUAUCUGGCAACGACAUAAAUAUGUGUCCCCAGAAGAGAAACGUUUCGAAAUAUCUGCCAAGAAGAGAGAUGCGAAUCCCCUCAACAUAAUGUACCAGACACGGAAUCCAUCAGAGGUGGUAGCUGCAGAGCUUGAUCGAAUUCUUCUGUCGGAUCCACGACUCGAUAACCCUCCUGCCCAGCUUCUGCCGGAAUCUGAACUUCUCGAACGGUCCAGCGUCAAUCUGUCUAGCUUGGCGCAAACCAUUCAAGGCGAGAAGGGCGUGCGAAUGAUGGAUCGACGAUGGCAUUGGAGGCUGCAUUAUAAUUGCUUUAUCGGGUUCGAAUUCACAACGUGGCUGCUUCAGAAUUUCCGCGACAUAGAUACCCGUGAAGAAGCCGUUGCGUUCGGCAAUGAAUUGAUGAAGCACGGCCUGUUUCAGCACGUGGAAAAACGGCACAACUUCCGCGAUGGAAAUUAUUUCUAUCAAAUUUCUGCCGAGUACCGUGUGACUCGACCAGAAUCUCGCGGUGGCUGGUUCCCUCAGCUUAGAGUGGACAAGUCCAUGCCAUCAACGCCAGCCGUUGGCAAUGCCAAGGAUUCCCCGUCAAGCUUCCAUACCCGCUCGGACAGCACUGAGGACCGGGCACCCAUUACGCCGAACACACCGUCCAAAGCCAAGACCAAGGUCGCUAUUAUGCUCUCUAAGUCCUUGAAAUAUGACGUGGAUAACCGGAAGCGAUCAAAUCGGCCCGAGGUGGUUGAACUUCACUAUGACCGGUUGCAUAACCCUGAGAACUGCUUCCAUAUCGAAUUGAGCUGGAUGAACACCACACCGAAGCUUAUCGAAGACACCGUUAAUUCAUGGGGCUCGACUGCCGAAAAAUUUGGGCUGAAGUUAGUUCAAGUACCAAUUGCCGAGGCAUGUGCCAUUGACCGGACUCAACCUUUCCGCAAGCCGUUCGAGCUCAAACUGAAGGUUUCUCCUCCUAAGGCGCCCAUUCACACUGUUUUCAGCAAUGCAUCCUUCGCACAACCAGGACCUCCGGAUAAUUUAUACUAUCAGAAAGCUCUUCUACGCAAAUUUGAUUUUGUUCUGGACCAGGAGGCUUCCACUGCAUUCCCUGCCGACGUUGAGGUGUCCUUCUCCUGGGGCAAGCCAGAAUAUAAGUACCCGCAGUUCAUUCACCGGACGGGCAGUCUUCUUGCUCAGAUCACUGACGAGGGACAUUUCUUGUUACUCGCCAAUCGACUUGUGAGUACGAGAAGCGUUGCCAGUCGAGACGCAGGACGUUAUGAGCAUCACGGUCGGCCCGAGUAUCGUGGGCGUACGACUACUCAUGAUGUGCUUGACCGCAUUUCGCCGCGUCUAUCGCCGUUAGUACGGCCUCUGCACGAAAUUGGGAGCCCUAUUUCCCAACCUGGACACAAAGAGCUUGACUCAGCGAACCUUUACCGAGCCCCUGAGCAUGUUCUCAAUGGAUUAGUCGAGUUUUGCAGUGACGCAGCCCAACUUGAACAAUUCUAUAGCGAGUCGCAUGUUCGGCCAGUCUCAACAAAAGUCGAGCCCACUACAGCUAAUCUGAUGGACACGUCGAUCCCAACGUUGGAGCUCCCCGCCAGCGUGGUCAGUCACCACAUCUCCCCUCCGCCCGGUUUACCAUCCCGUAUCAGCCGGGAAGUGCGAGAUCACCGAGACGUGCUCAAGUCUCCCGAAGUUGCGCGUCCCCGUGCUCGCGGCGAGAGUAUAAGCUACAAGGGAAGUCCACGCAGUGGUAGUUUACGUCCUUUGAUGUAA